AUGAUUCUCCUCCGUAAGAAAUCGGUGAAAUCGGUGCAAUUUAAUGCAAUGCGCUCGUUGCUGCACUACAUUUGUAGCCUUUGCUCCAAACGCGUCGCGUCACAACAACAACAUUUACCAACACAACAACUAGAAAAGCAGGCGCAAGCAAAAAAGUUGGCCAACCAUUAUGAGAACACGAAUAUAUAUGUGGAUAUCGUCACUUGCGAGUCUUGUGAAACAUCCUUUGUUCUCUACACAAAUGUAGAAACCAAAUUGGUGGAGGUGAAAAUUUGGUCAUUGGGUGAGAAAGAAGACAUGCAAAAAGUGAAUAUAAAUUUUUACGACAAUCAAACAGUGUCAUAUCAGCACAAGAAAAUUCUGCAAUUUGUGCCCGAAUUGAGUAUAGACAAGAAUACACCGAUAGUCACACCCAAUAUUCCUUUAUUGACGCUUACUAGUCUCAGUCCAAAAUUAGGUUAUCUGCUGUCAAAGACGAUUUCCGUAGUGUUGACCGCAGCCAAGUUCAAACCUUUCAUCAACGUGACUGCCGAUCAGUUGGUGUUCGGCUACGAUGAUGCGCUCGUCAGCUUGGCACAUCGAUUUUAUCCAAAACAUAUGCGUCCAAUGGAGCGAAUGGGACUGCUACUUGGGCGCAAUGGUACACUAACCGAAGUCUCAACAAUCAAAACUGGUCUUCAAGGUAUGGAAGAAUUCGGCUACAUAGACCGCCUGAAUGGACUCGAUCAUCUGCCACAUUGGCAUAAGCCGCCCUGUAAUCGUAUCACCGCCUCCGAGGGCUCCUUCUUUCCACCACGUGAUAUAACAAAAGCGGAUACAGUUUAUGUUUAUGACAAGGAUUUAUGUCGCGUCAUACCUUUACAGUACCAAAGAGGUGUGAAGAAAGAUGGUAUUGGCGCUGAUCUGUAUAUCUUACCCGAGAACAGUUAUGGCGAUUCUUCGAAUAAUCCGGAAAAUGAAUGCUUUGAUUCAAGUGAUUAUGAACCGAUAAAAGGUCUACAGAAUAUAAGCCCCUGUCAGUAUGGCGCCCCCGUCUACAUAUCGAAUCCACAUUUUUAUCAAGCCAAUGAGUCGUUAUUACAUUCGGUUGAAGGUCUCAAGCCGAAUAAGGACGAGCAUGAAACAUACUUCAAAAUACAAUCGAAAUUGGGUGUACCACUGGAAGGCAAAGUACGCAUUCAACUCAAUCUCAAAGUGACGCGAGCGAAAGACGUGUAUCCAGUUAAGGAUUUUCGAGAUUUCAUCUUCCCGGUUAUGUGGUUGGAAGAAGGUAUCUCCGAAUUAACACCCGCCAUUCGCCGUUGGAUUUACCUGGCCACCGUAUUUGCGCCAAUCAUCAUACCGGUCGCCUCGUAUCUGAUGAUAUUCGGCGGCGCACUUGCCAUUGUCUUCGUCUUUGUGCGCGCAUAUCAGAACUUCGUGUUCGCACGCGAUCCCACAUUGGAGAUACUCGAGAUGGGCCGACGCUCGCUAAGGCGUGGCAGCAGCUUCAUCGCGCAACAUCAACACAAGUUCAUGCAUCGCGAAAGUUAUACGCUGCUAAAGACGGUGCCCGGCGAUCUGCUGGACGACAAAGAGGACGCGAUACCCAUAAUGACAAACAGUUCAUAGUAUUCCUAACAGCACAAAAGAAACAUGCAAACGCCAAAUGAGCGGAGUUGAGUGUUCGGCCAGGCAUUCGAUCGCGUCUCAUGAGUGAUUGCAAAUUUCGUAUCGAAUUUAGUUUUUAAUUAGUUAGUUGUUCGUUUAAAGCUAAGUUGGUGUGAAUGAUUUUUCUCAAUGUAAAUAUGUGUAUGUGUGAUGAAAUGGCGUAAAAAUCAAAGAAGCAACAACAAAAAACAUAAAUAUGUGAUCUAAGUUAUUACUUUUGAACGUGUUUGUGUGGGUUACUUUUUUAUCGGAUAUUUUCUGUGUGAAUUGUUUGUUGUUGGUGAGCGCGUGUCUGCGGCCUUUAGUGCGUUUUAGCUCUAAUUCUCCAAAAACAAAGAAGAAAAAAUUUAACAAAAAAUCUAAAAACUAUAAUUUAUAGUUAGUACAGUAUGUAUUAUAUAUUUAUACAUAUAUUUAUGUAUAUAAUAAUAUGGUGUUUAGCUUUCUUCUUCUUCUUCUUCCUAUAUUUGUAAUCGCCUUAUACAAAUUUGCGAAAUUCCAGGGUUAGUGGUAGAUUUAGUCUAACUUAAGUAUGUACACAUUUUCAACAUACAUAAUUACACUCACAUAUCGAACAAAAAAAAUGGAAAGAAUUUGGACUUUUUCCAAUAAAGUCGACACGAAUUUGGUUAUAGAACUCAAACGAUAAAGCAAAUUAUAAAAAAAUAAAUAAAUAAACACAAAUUUUCAUUCAGAAUUUUUUUGUAAAUAAUAAUGUCA